GACUGCGUUGACACGCACACGCACAUCUGCAACGAUGCGCGCUGCGGACUGGAGCGGGACCGCUGCGGUUGUACUCUGCCUUUUAGGACACCUCGUCUCCGGCAAGGCGUCGCCGGAGGACUCGACCGCCGAAGAGGUGACUCUGAAGGUUCACCUGAGCGAUGCCAGCACUCACCAGCCCCUGGGAGGAGCCACCAUUCAGCUCUUUGCCAACCACACGUCUGUAACCACGGAAACCUCAUCAGCUGAUGGGAACACCUACCUGCGCUUCCCGUACCGCCUUGGAACACCACUGGUCGUCACCGCAACUAAACAGGGAUAUGUGCCAAACUCUGUGCCCUGGACGCCAUCGAGAUUACCUGUGUUUUCCUCCAUCAGCCUGGACCUGCUACCAGAACGAGCUGCUACUCUGAUGGUGUAUGAAGAUGUUGUGGAGAUCGUUUCAGGCCUACAAGGUUUCAGACGUCAGCCCACUGUUCAUUUCCUGCGCCGAGCUCUGAGUCUUCCCUCCAACUCUUCCUAUGCCAACCUGACCGCUCUGCUCACCGUGGCAAGCUCCCCCUCGCACAUCCAGCACUUUCCCCACCUGCAGGUCCUCAGUGGCAACGGCACAGGUGCUGAGAAGAAGAUUGAAUUGACGCCUGUAGCAGCCAUCUCUGUUCAUCUACUGGCCAGCGACGGUGUGGAGCUGCAGGUGAACGAGCCAAUCACAGUGUCUGUCCCCCUGCCAGCUGACAGCGGCCUGAAGGAAAAUGAUCACAUCCAUGCUUGGAGAUUUGACCCGCGCUUAGGCGCCUGGAUAAAGAGCAGUUGGGGUAAUGUGCAGAGGGAGGGCAACCAGCUCAGUCUGACCUACAUUGCUCCUCAGCUGGGAUACUGGGUGGCUGCCAUGUCUCCACUGCACUCAGAUCCAAUGGUUGCAAAGGAUAUCAGCACGUACCACACGGUGUUUCUGUUGGCCAUACUGGGAGGCAUGGCUCUCAUCCUCCUUUGCCUGCUCUGCCUUCUUUUGUACUACUGCAGGCGUCGUUGUUUGAAGCCUCGAGGGUCUCACCGCAAGUUCACACUGUCAUCCAGUUUGGACGGGAGCAAAAGAGACCAAGCCACCUCCAUGUCCCACCUCAACCUCAUCAGCAAUGAGGUGCAGCUGGAACUUGUUUCCACAGCGACUGAGCCUGACAUGACCACACCGAUGCUGAAGCCCUCCUCAUAUGAGCACCAAGACAAUCAGCGUCAGCAUAGCUUAAUUCAUCACAGCGGCAAACACAGCCGCUGCUCUCUCGGCAACAACAGCCACCACGGCUCAUCUCUUGGCAACUUGACGCCUCGCAGUAGAGACUACCGGCAGUCUGUGGACACGUUCCAAUUAAAGGCUGCGCUUUCAUCCGGAACAGACCGGGGCUACCGUCAAUCAUACACCUCCGUCUGCUCAUCCAGCAACCAGAUUUCAAAUGCACUGUCAUCAGCCAAUCACGGUCAGGUGUCAGCUAAUCAGCUGAGCAGCAUUGGGAUGGUUGAUUGUAUCUCCCCUUCCUCUCCUCCUCACUCCCCCAUUAGAGGAGAGGGAGGUGAGUGUAGGGCUCCUGACUACCUUCUGUCCCGGUCUGUGGACCACCUGGAGCGCCCUGGUCCUCCGUCACUCUCCCGUCCAGGCCAGCUGCUCUGCUGCGGAUCUGUGGACCUCCUGAGUGGGGGAGAAAGCUACCCGAGGGUGCGCCCCACACUGGUGAUCCCAGCACACUACAUGCGCCUGCCUGGGGAGCACCCUCUGUCUGGUCAGGCCCUCCUUCUGCAGACUGAUCAACAGAGUGACCUGGAGACCAUCCAGGCUGAGCUCAAUGCCUCACAUUCCCAGCAGCCCCUGGGAAAACCCCCCAGAGACUGCUCCCCAGGUCCCACCAAGCAGGGUGAUGGAGAGGGGCUUGGCCUAUCAGGGUCUCUGUCUAUUCCAGCUGCUCUUGGGGAAACGGCUCUAGUGGAAAUAAACAGUGAGGACACCUUGUGGGCUGAAAAGACUUUAAUGGAGCUCAGAGGAGGGAAGCCUCUUCCUCACCCACGUGCCUGGUUUGUUUCACUGGAUGGACGCUCCAACGCUCACAUUCGCCACUCCUACAUCGACCUCCAGCGGGCAGGGUGCCAAAACAACAUGCCAGGUCAGCAGGGUAACGGUAGUGGCGGGAGGCAUGGCAAUGGCAAUGAUGCCAGUCUGGACUCUGGUGUGGACCUGAAUGAGCCAAGAGUGGGACGCAGGGGGAGAGACGCAGAGCGGAAAGAAAGAAAGAUUGAGAAAGACAGGUCGAAGGGCAUAACACCCGCCAUGACUUACACUCAGCUGGUGUAUGUGGAUGAUCUGGACCAAGGAGGCAGUGAGGAGGAGACAUCCAGGUGCAGCCCUCAGAACAGCAAAACAGGAUCCAUCCUGUCAGACAAAUCAGAGGGUCCAAGCGAGGAUCAGGGGCAGGGGAAUGUGUCCGAGAAAGGAGGAGUAGAGGGGGUACAAAUACAAGAGAAACCCCCGUCACUUUCCCUUAACUCUCCUGCUUCUCCUCCUCCCCUGCCGACACCAGAGGGGGAAACUUUCAGGACUGAACAUGCGCUGCUGUCUGUAUCUCCAGAUCACAAUGCAGCUCCAGAGGAUGGAGAGGAGGAGAAGAAGAGUCCGUGGCAGAGGAGAGAGGAGCGACCCCUGCUGGCCUUAAACCUGAAAUGAAACAAAGAUCGCACCUUAAAGGAUAGGCUCACAUUAAUAGAAAACCCAAAAAAUAUAAACAUAAAAAAAUGUUUUUGGUUACUCUAAUUAUUCCUCCUGUCCACACUGGCCCUGAAGUAAUCCCCUCUCAAAGAAUUUUCUAUAUAAAUAAUGAGGAACAGACUGCGGUCCUCGUUCUUUUGAAACUGAAUUUCAGUACUUAAUUAUUCCCAUUAGAAAACUGAUGUGUUUAAAGUCACACAUGAGCAAAACACAAAAAUUACAUAAAAGGCAAAAGCAAACAACAAACAUCUUCGCUAGAAACUAUAACUAUGACCAUACUCUUUACGCACACUCAUACCAUGAAGAAAUGUCGAGCCAUGUGGGCAUGUCAGUUUUGUUUUCAUUUGACCACCCUCUGCCCGGACCACACCUUUUGUUCUUUUAUAUAGCACUGAGAAAAUAUUUCAGCACUGGUAUCCCCUCGAGACCUGAGCGUUAGGGGCAGAUUCCGAUCCUUCAUGAACUUCCAUCUCCCCUUAAAGAAAAGACCACUGUCCACUUUGUCAUUGUCAUGACACACUACUUGUACGGACCACUCUUCAGGCAUGAUGUACACAGCCUGAGGGAAACAAAUAGACUUUCGUGGCAAGAAUAUUUAGAAUAUUUUAUGCACAACAAAUAUAUGCCUUUUUUUUUAACAGCCUUGUAAGUGUAAAUGAGCUUUAGAAACGGAUGAUGGGUGGUUCUCGCAAAUUAAAGACUACAAGGACCUUUUUCUUUUUUUUCUUGAGCCAUAUUGGCCUCAGUCCACUGGCAAAACCUGGGAACACAUUGGCCUCACUGAAAGCGAGAUUAUAACCCCGAUUUAGAAAUUAUUAUGACUGUUUUUAAGACUGUGGAGCAGCUUUUCACAUUUGGUUUGGAAAUUAAGUCUUUUGAUGUUUUCCAGGGUUGAGUGAGAGCAGUGAUGCAGGUGCUGCUGCGUGCACCUGCGCAACAAUCAGCCCUGAUAUAAACAUGUAAAUCUUGUACUUUGAAUAUGGUCGCUAGAAUUUAAUGUAGUUCAUCAGAAAGAUGUAUGGAUGUUUACAGAAACUCCACAAGGGAUGAAGUUUUUGGACUGAAGAAAUGAAACCACUAUCCGCUCUACAGCGUAAUCAGACAAUGUGACACGCCACUAUACUGGUGGGUGAGGAUUGAAUACCACUAUGAAACGGUAGUUCUUCCCAAAAUAAUUGUGAGGUGUAAUAAUAUGAAAGGUUUUGUGUUUGGUGAACCACUGAUUGGCAUAUUUUUUGGCUCUGAAGGCCAUGCAUCACUUUUAUACAUCUGCUUGAGAUGCCUUUCUUUGUAAUCUUAAUCACUUUGACUUUAAUUGCCAACAUAAAGUAUUUUAUCCAAAAAUAGGCUAUUUUUGUUUAGUUUUUAUCUUUAAAUAUGUUAAGGGCUUUUCUUCUUCACCUGCCUUAUCGUUAGUUACAAAAACAAACACACAAACUAGUUCAUACCGUUUAUCUGAAACCAAACUGUUUUGCUUGCUGUUUCACCUCAAUUUUGACCAUUUCCUGAUGUUCCAAGUGCCUUUGAACCACCUGAGUCUGCAACAGAUUUCCUUAUUUAUUUCUCACCUUUUUUUGCCUUCAGCUUUCCUCCACUACCUCAGCCCUCCUUUUCUCUCCCACUUGUGAAAGAAAGCAUGCAGUAAACUUUCCUCCGCACGACAAGCUAUACUGCAGACAUCUCAGAAAAAUGUCUACCAGCUGCUGCAAUUAAAAAAUCCUACUCUACAGCAAUCAACAAGGCAGAGAUUUCUCCUCCGAGUAAGCAGUUAAGGAUUCGCAGAAGUUUUCAGUGUUGCACAGGAUGCAUAAAGCUAAGUGUGAUUGUAUGUGAAACUAAGCUGCAGGUCAUUUCAAUGCAUUUUCUUUAUUUUUGUGUUUCUGUGGGGUGAAUGUUUGUCUCAAAUCAUUCAUAUGCACCUGGUUGGUGGUAGUGAGUCUGGGGUCAGACAUGAGAGUGCAGAUAAAUAAUCAACUUGCAUCCUCUCAAGAACCAUAUAGCAUCAUAGCAAUCAGAGAGUGUAUAGUUCUUUGCUUUCCUGUUCCUGGUCAAAAUGUCGUGUGAGUUGGUGUUGUGAAUGACCCACUUCUUUCCCACAGCAGCCUCCACUCUGAGGGUGGAGUUGCAGUACAGCAUCCAGAGUGUGUAAAUUGUUUGCUUGCAUUAUAUUUGAAGCCUAUUAUUCUGAAUAAACAGCCAAACUGGAA